AUGGCGCCGGAUGACCUCUCCCAGCGGGCUGCCCGCAAGGCCGAGGCGGCGCUCCAGCCCGGCGACGAGAUGAUGCUGCUGCGCGACCGGCUCGACUCGCUGCGGGCGUUCCUCCGGGACGCCGACCGGAAACGCCGGGCCGGCGACGUCUUCGGCGGGGUGAGCCGCGACUGCGUGCGCCGGACGCGCGGCGUCGCCUUCGACGCCGAGGACGCGCUCGACGACCUCAUCUUCCACCACCAGGUAUCCCUACAAAGUCAGGAAUACCAAAGCUCGGUGAGAUACUUCAUUGGCUUCUUUACCCGGAUCAUUGCUCGACGUGGAUUGUCUGGCCAAAUCGAAAGAAUCAAAGGCAUGAUUGACCAAAUCUCAGAGAACCAGUGGUACGGCAUGCACGAGGAUACACCGUCGGUGACACCGACAUCUUCCAUCACGGCCAUUGCAGCAUGGCAGGAUGACAUGGAGAACACUGUGUUUGACAAAGACCUGGAGAUUCUCAAACGUAUGCUGGCCAAUGAAUAUGAGGAUACCAGGCACCAAAGGUUCAUCUCCAUAGUUGGGGAGAGUGGUGCCGGGAAGAACACACUCGUAAAACUUAUCUGCAACCAGAUAUCUACAAAGAUGGAUGUUGUAAUCAGGUGUGACAUGCAGCCGGGUUCAAGCAUAGAAGAUCUCCUUACAAAUGUGUACCAAAUGGCACUGCAACAGUCUGCAGAUCAGUGCUAUGAGCUGGAGGUGGAAAAAGCAGGAAUUGACAGCAUUGGUGACAAGAUCCGUGGUUUGCUAAGUAGAAAGAGGUACCUGUUGAUUCUGGGAGGGAUAUCCUCCAAAAGCACUCUCAACUUCGUGAGGGCGAGCCUUCCAGACAACAAUGGCAAUGGCAGCCGUGUGAUGCUCAUCUUGGACAUCGCAAGUGAAGAGGUCGCUUGUCAUGCUAAUACCAUGAAUAGAGAGGGCUUCAACGGAGUACACCUGAUGACCCGAUUGGAUCAAGCAAAAAGUAUGCAGCUAUUCUAUUGGAAAGUGUUGAGGAAAGCACAGUACGAGCCAUGGUUGUUGGCCUACGAAAAACGGAGAAGUCAGGAGCAGGAGGUUUAUCAAGGAGGUUACCACUCAAUGAGAAGAAAUCAGAAAGAGGAGGAGCAGGAGCAAAGAGACAACAAUGUCCAGAGUUGUGUGCAUAAUGUAACAGGAGGAUGUCCCAUGGCCAUCGUUCUCCUAGCCGGGCUUCUCCGGUUCAAGGAGAAUCCAGUCCAGUGGGAUGCAGUGAUGCAUCCUUCAGGGAGUUCCGGCUACCACUACCAGCAGCAGCAGCUGGGCCGGACAAGAAGGGGGAUGGAGACCAUCUACUGGACGAGCUUCGAGGACCUCCCCGACGACCUCAAGUCGUGCUUCCUCUACCUCGCUGCCCAUGACAUAUGUCAAGAUGCCGAUGAGAUCGUUCAGAUGUGGAUAGCGGAAGGCUUCAUCAUCAGCAAGAGCCCGCACCAUCGCAAGACUCUGGAGGAGGUGGGCCACGAUUACUUGAAGGAACUGGUCUUGAGAUGCCUUGUUGAGCUGGAGGAGACGAAACCAGAUGGCAGCGUCGGGCUUGUUAGAGUUCACAGAAGCCUCUUGGGGUUCCUGCAGUCGGAGAUCACCGAGGCUGGCUUCAUGGAGAUCGUCCACGAUGUCGACGUACAUGAUGUCCUUGUGCCAUCACCAUCGGUGCGCCGCCUCUGUGUCCAGAGUGACAAGAGCAUGAUGUACACCACCCACCACAAGUUCCCUAAGCUGCGUUCCUUCAUAUGCCAAGUAGAUGAGAAGCGUCACAAGGAGGCUGAAGCUCAGCAGCGGUGGAAGAGGCGUGUGCACGAUGAUCUCAAGUUUCUGCGCUGGUCCAAGUUCCUUCGUGUACUCUCCGUGAAGGGACUGAGACUUGCGGAGCUGCCAGAUGAGCUUGGUGACAUGAUUCACUUGAGGUACAUGCGCCUCGACUGCCCAGACCUGCGCUGCCUCCCGCUGGGCAUCAGCAGACUAAUCAACUUGCAGACGCUCAACAUAAGCAGCACUCAGGUGCAUUUCUGGAUACUGCCGCUGAGGAGCAACGGGUUGAAACCCUUCUUUGUCUUGCCAGAGCCAAUGACAUUGAUUUUUGGGCAGACGAAACCCGAGAAUCUUACAAAACUCAUGGACAAGUUCAAGGAUGUGCGCAAUAUCCACGACUUUGUGAAAGCUCAGAUGUUGGCUGGUGCCAAUCGUGUCACCGUUGCUGAGAAGAUGAUUGAUGAGGACCUUAAGGUGGACACCACUUUCUUCAAGGAGUACCGAUACGACGAUUUGAAGCAGAAUAUAUGUACUGCAAGGGAAUAUAUAUAG